GCGCUCUGAUCUCUCUUUACACCGCUUUUCAUCCACUCACAUUCAUUCUACCUUAUAUCAGAAAAAGAUCGGUUUAACCGCUCCGGGUGGGUGAACUACCCAAGAUGUCCUUCCCUCCACAUCUCAACCGGCCGCAAAUGGCCAUCCCUACCAUGCCCCCUGGUAUCCCCCCUCCACAGUUUGCUGGAUUUCCUCCAACGAUGCCGCCAGGAACCCCGAUGAUUCCAGUUCACAUGGGCAUCAUGGCCCCGGCGCCCGCGGUACUCGUACCCACCACCAUGUCGGUGGUCAGUAAAGUAGCCGCCCCGAGGAAAGAAGCUCCACUCCCACGCCUCAAGGAACCGGACGAGAACAGCGGUCCCACAACCACCGUGUUCGUAGGAAACAUCUCGGAGAAGGCUUCAGACAUGCUGAUCAGACAGCUGCUGUCGAAAUGUGGCCUGGUGUUAAGUUGGAAACGUGUUCAGGGGGCUUCAGGAAAACUACAAGCGUUUGGUUUCUGCGAGUACAAGGAGCCCGAGUCCACGCUGCGCGCUCUGCGGCUGCUGCACGAACUGCAAGUGGGAGACAAGAACCUGCUGGUGAAGGUGGACGCCAAAACCAAAGCGCAGCUGGACGAGUGGAAGGCCAAGAAGAAGAGCUCUAACGGGCAGAACAGCACGACUGAGGAAGGUGCCGAGGAGGAAGAGGAUGCUCUGGACGAGGAGACGCAAAAACGAGACCAGAUGGUAAAGGGCGCCAUCGACGGCCUGAUCCGCGAGUACUCGACAGAGCUCAGCGCGUCCUCUCAGGAGGACGAGGCCAGCAGGCGCAAGAAGAAAAAAGAGAAAAAGGAAGAGGAGGACAUCAACGCCAUAGACAUGGAGGAGGACAAGCGCGAUUUGAUCUCCAGGGAGAUCAACAAAUUCCGCGACACCCACAAGAAACUCGAGGAGGAGAAGGGAAAGCGAGAGAAGGAACGGCAGGAGCUGGAGCGAGAGCGGCGCGACCGGGACAAGGAGCGUGAACGCGAGCGGGAGAGGAGAGAGCGCGAGAGGGAGAAGGACCGCGAGCGCGAGAGGGAACGCGAGCGGGAAAGGGAACGCGAGAGGGACAGGGAGCGCGAGAGAGAGCGCGAACGGGAGCGAGAGAGAGAAAGAGACUGGGACAGGAGCCGGGACCACAGCGAGGCACGCAGCAGAUCCAGAGAGCAAAGCCGCGAACGAGAGAGAGAACGAGACAAGGAUAAGAAGCGCGACCGCGAGGAGGACGAGGAGGAGGCGUACGAGAGGCGCAAGCUGGAGAGAAAGCUCCGGGAGAAGGAGGCCGCCUAUCAGGAGAGGCUGAAGAACUGGGAGCUGAGAGAGAGGAAGAAGGCGAGAGAUUACGCCAAAGAAUCCGAGAGAGACGAGGAACGCAGACGAGAGACGACUAAAGAAGGUAAGCGACUGAAGGAGUUUUUGGAGGACUACGACGACGACCGAGACGACCCGAAAUAUUACAGAGGCAGCGCUCUGCAGAAACGCCUGCGCGACCGAGAGAAGGAGAUCGAGCUGGACGAGAGAGACAGGAAACGAGAGAAGGAGGAGCUGGAGGAGAUCAGGCAAAGACUGCUGGCUGAGGGGCAUCCUGAUCCAGAUGCAGAACUACGCAGGAUGGAGGAGGAGGCCGAGCGUUUACGGCAGCCCCCGGUGAAGCCCGAACCGGAAGAGGAGCGCGAGAGCAAACCGUCUCGCGAGGACCGUGAGAGAGAGAGAGAACGAGAGCGAGAGAGAGAGAGGGGGCGGGAGCGCGACAGAGAACGGGAACGGGAACGCGAGAGGGAGCGAGAGAGGGAGAGAGAACGAGAGCGAGAGAGGCACCGGCCGAACCCUCAGCCCCCCUCGGACGACGACGUCGAGGACGGAGAGGAGGUGCCGGACGAAGAGGACACCAAGCCGUGCCUCAAACCCACCAUGAGACCCAUCACGGCCGCCCCGUCCGUGUCCUCGGCCAGCGGUAACGCCUCGCCCAACACGCCCAGGGAGGAGUCGCCCUGCGGCAUCAUCAUUCCUCACGAAAACUCACCCCCGGAGAUCCUCCCGCAGGAGGAGCACCGGCCCAAAAUCGGCCUCAGCCUCAAACUCGGUGCCACGGGCAGUCCGGGUCAGCCGAACAUGGCCAAGCGUAAAAAGCUGGCGGUGGAGAGCGUCUUCAACCGCUUCGACGACGACGAGGUGGACGAGGGGCCCCGGAAGAGGAAGCUGGUGCCCUUGGACUACGAGGACGAGGACAAAGGCAGCGGGGGAGUGGAGGGCGCCGGUGCAGCGGGGGGCAAAGGGGCCAACACGGAGGAGAAACGAAAACACAUCAAGAGUCUGAUCGAGAAAAUACCCACCGCCAAACCCGAGCUCUUCAACUACCCGCUGGACUGGUCCGUCGUGGACUCGACACUAAUGGAGAAGCGCAUUCGGCCGUGGAUUAAUAAGAAGAUUGUGGAGUACAUCGGCGAGGAGGAAGCCACCCUGGUCGACUUUGUUUGCUCGAAGGUGAUGGCACACAGUACGCCCCAGGGAAUUUUGGAUGAUGUUGCUAUGGUGCUGGACGAAGAGGCCGAGGUGUUCAUCGUGAAGAUGUGGAGGCUCCUAAUUUACGAAACCGAGGCCAAGAAGAUCGGACUGGGCAAAUGAGCCGGCGCCGAGCGAGGAUCGGAUCUGCGCCCGACUUCCUGUUUUAUCGGUUCCCCCCCCCCCCCCCCCCCUUCCGGAGAGGACGUUUCAACUCCAGGCAACUCGGCGCUUGAAACUCGAAAACGAGACCCGGCGCGUCGUUAAAUCCAUCGGUUCUUUAUUUAAUUUAGUUUCGCUCCAUUUUUCUGUGACCGCGGCGACCGUGUCGAGUUAGCGAGCACCAGAUCCGAAGCCGAACGGGCGAGGUGGGGUGGAACCGGUGUCCGUGUUACCGUGUCGUACCGUACGCCGACGCCGCCGCGCUAUCACGUCUGGCUUACCGUUUACUUCGAUUGGGUCUUUCUUUCCUCACGAUUGUCUCGAGUCGCACCAAAGACUUGCGUCCCGGCGGAUCCCUCGCGCCGACGUCACGUCUCUCCACCCGGAAUGUAAAACGAAUGCCGAGCUAAUCGGAUCCUGCGCCCUCGGAAGUCUGGCUAAACUGAUCUGGAUGGAAUCAGUGCUCUUUGUUUUUGUAUGUAAUAGUGGGGUAUGUGUUUUCAAUAAAAAUCUUUACUUUUUUUUUUAAUAAAACUAA